CUUUUCCGAAAAAAUAAAUACAAGUACAUGGGUGAAGCCGAAAAAUUUUUAAUCUUAAGCAAAAGGAAUAUUUAGUUUUAAAAUUUUUAUUAAUAUAACGGAUACGGUUUUUUUGUCAAUAAAUUAUUAAAGAAACAUUAAAGAAAAAUGGAUAACAUCGAAAGAUUAUAUAAAUGCUAUGAAAUAUUAUCUGAAUCUUUGGACAACGUUCAAAAGAAUGAAGAGGAAUAUAAAGAAAUUUUGGAGGCUGUUAAAGGAUCAACAAAAGAAAAAAUGCUUGCUACACAAUUUAUUGGAAAGUUUUUCAAAUACUUUCCCGACUUAGCAAAUAAAGCUAUUGACGCCCAGCUUGAUUUAUGUGAAGAUGAGGACAUUCAGAUAAGACGCCAAGCAAUUAAAAAUUUACCUUUAUUUUGUAAAGAUACAAAAGAGCACACUCCCCGAAUUGGAGAUACCCUCUCACAGUUGUUGGUUUUAGAUGAUCCAUUAGAAUUGCAGCAAGUACAUUUUGCGCUUCAAACAAUUUUGAAAACUGACGCAAAAGGAGCCUUAGCAGGAAUGUUCGGACAAAUUGCAUCAGGUGAUGAAGUUACUCGCGAAAAAACUUUUAAAUUUUUAUCAACAAAGGUAUUUAAUCUUGGGUCAACUGUAGUCACAAAAGAAAUCGAAGAAUUUAUCAUUUCAGAAAUUAAAAGAUUGUUACAAGAUGUAACUUCCGAAGAAUUUCAAUUAUGCAUGAAUAUUCUGCGAUGCACUAAGUUGGGAUCUACUGUUACUGGACAUGUUGAACUUGUAAAUUUAGCCGUCGAACAAGCAGAAUUAGGAGCAGAUAUUGAUGCGAUUACCAUUGAAGAUGAAGUUGUUGAAAGAUUUAUUCAAUGUGCUUCGCAGGCAAUGCCCUAUUUUUCCACACAAAUUCCCUCAACACCAUUUAUUAUUUUCGUGUGCGAUAAAUUACUGCCCUUAAGUACUUGGAAUAUGAUUGCACCAACAGAACAAGGCCAAACACAAUUACGCUUAUUGAAAGUAUUUGCAGAAAUGUGUACGUACACUGGUACACUAGAAAAUGCUUCUGAAAGAAUUGAAGCAGUUUAUAAGAUACUCAGGGAAUACAUGCCUUUACCGGUCCUUGAUGAAAUUGAAAUUUUGAAGAAUCCGCCAUCUUUCCAAUUCUCUCAUGCAGAAUGUCUACUAUAUGCUCUUCAUAGCUUAGGAAAAAAACAUCCAGAUAAGCUUAAUUUUAUAAGCGAUCCUGAUAGUUUAAAGGAUUUUAGAUCGCGUUUACAAUUUUUAGCCCGUGGAACUCAGGGAUAUAUUAAAAAGUUGGAAGAAGCGGUUAAAGGAAAAAGCAAGGAAGAAUUAAAAUCUGAAGAAGAUCAAUUAAAGCUAACAGCUUUGAAGACGACAUCAAAUAUUAACGCACUUAUAAGAGAUUUAUUCCAUACACCACCGAGUUUCAAAACUGAAGUUCAGUUAUCGUGGGUUGUGCCGAGAAAGACUAAAUUUGGGCAAAAAAGACACGCAGAAAUUACAUUUGAUUCUAAGAAAAAAAAUUCUCCAGAUAAAAAACCGAAAGCUGGUGAACAAAAAGUUUAUGUUCCCCCAUCUGGAAAAUAUUCUGCGAAGGUUCAAAAUUAUUCAAACAGAAAUAGAGGCUUCCGUCAACAACGCCCAAAAAACAAAUUUUAAAUUACGAAACCCCAAAUAAACCGAAUAACACAACAAUACAAAUUAAGAUGCAAUAAAUUUAUUAAUAUAAAUAAUAUUUAUAUUCAAAUAAUUCAAUAUUUAUUUCUAAUCAACUCAAUAAUUUAUUACAAAAAAUUUAUAAUCAAUAAUAUUAUAGAGUACAUGCAUAUGCAAAAUUAGAAUUGAUGAAAUAUUACCUGAAUUUUUCAUUAAUAUACGAAUAAGUAAGCAUUUACUAUUUUUUACUCGUUGAUUUUUCAUGAUUAUGUUGCAUUAAUGUUGUAAAAACGGGUAUUUUAUUUUGAAAAAGAAAAUUAUAUUAUUUUGCAUAUGUAGGUACAUAAUAUCCUAUGAAAAUUAACAUGUACACAAUACAAACAAAGAACAAAAUGAGGAUGUUUGAUGAAAACGGUGUUAAUCAACGUUGAACUCCGAUUGUUAACAACGGUUUAAGGUAAUUUAUUUUAACUAACUUUAAAACUUAUUUUUUUUUUCAGGUAAAUUAGACAUCAGGACGCAAGUAUAUACAACAUUGAAUUUAUUGACUUUAAUUUUGUUCAAUAUUUGAACUAGUUUUAGAUUUAAAAUUUAUACUUUACUUUAACAAAAAAAAAAAAUUUUAAUUAAAAUUUUUGAAAUUUUUAUAAAUAUUAAAAAAAGGCAAGAUUUGAAAUCAUUUUUGAAGAAAAACUUAUUCGGUUAAUAACGAAUAUUAUAUUAAACUGUUCUGAUGUUCUUACUUUUUUUUUAAUUAUGCUUUGCCUUACUUUUUAGAAUAAUGUAAUUUUAUUACAUGAUGAUUGAAUAAAUAUUAAAAUGAAAAAGUAA